GCAGAAGCUGAAGAGGAGGUUGACGAAAUGAGUGAUCCAGAACCAUCCAGAAUAAAACAUGAAGAUACUGAGGAACAAACAGUCUGGAUGGAAGUAAAACAGCAAAGACAUGAGGUGAAUGAAGUGGAGGAGGAACAUUGUAAAGUCAAAACUUCAAGAAAAAAAGCCAAACCGCUUCACACCUGCUCACAGUGUGGAAAGAGUUUCAGAGACAAAGGAAGCCUUAAGACGCACAUGAGGAUCCACACCGGAGAGAAACCACACACGUGUCCUCAGUGUGGAAAGAGUUUUACUGCAGUAUCGGGUCUCAUUUGUCAUCUGCGCAUCCACUCUGGAGAAAAGCCUUUUACCUGUGAUCAGUGUGGUAAAAACUUUAUUUCAUCAUCAAGUCUAAAAGCACACCUGAUAGUUCAUACAGAUGAGAAGCCUCAUGUGUGUUCUUACUGUGGAAAGAGUUUUUCACGACUGGAUAAUUUUAAACAGCACCAGAAAACACAUAAUGAAGUGAGAGAUCAUAUGUGUUUUGAGUGUGGAAAGAGCUUUACUACAAGUCAACAACUGAAACGGCAUCAAAGAAUUCAUACUGGAGAGAAACCUUACAAGUGUUCAUAUUGUGACAAGAGUUUCAUUCAGCCUACACAAAUGAUAACCCAUGAGCGAGUUCAUACUGGAGAGAAGCCGUAUCACUGUCCUCAGUGUGGAAAGAGUUUCAAACAAAAAAACUCUGUAGCGAAACAUAUGAAAAAGAUUUGUCUGAAGUCAUAAUUAUGAGCAAAGUUUAUCUAUUCAUCCAGCUAGUUAGCUUCCAGGUGCUUUAUCAGCAUGA